UGUGGGACACUGGUAUAAUCAAAUGGAGCUGGGGGUGGGGUAGAAAGUGGAAUAAGAACACUAUGAAUCUGGAGAUACCAGUCUUUGUUGUUACGGAGUGCUGGCACGUUUUUAUGGGAUUGGUAAAAAGUAGUAACUUGGUUCCCCCACCAGCAUCUUGGAGAUACUAAACCAUGUACGUUACUGAAGGACAAAAAGGAUGUUGAUGUUGGAAGUGGAAAUAAAAUUUGGGUUUGCUCGUUGUUACAUGCUUGCUUAUCGUCCUUCAUAUGAACAUGCUUGUUUGUUUUCAAUAUAGCAGCUACUCCAGGCCAUUAUGUUCUCAUUUUUUCUAUACAUAGAUGCAUAAGAGGUAUUUGCUGUUAAACAGAAGGCCAUCCAAGUACUUAGGCAGUCAAAAGGUGACUUGUGAAAAUGGGAGCUAAUGGACUGUGAUAGCCUUGUAUUGUCCUCUAAACAUACCCCUGAGUCUGUAACUGUCAUCUUAUGCAGCUGACAGUAAAUUCAGGCAAAAAAAAGUAGAGUAGUUUACUGCUGGUGCACUAAAGGAGGAAUCCAUUUUUCUUUCAAACCACCAAAUUCCAAUUUAUAUUUUAUUUGUGAGCUUUAGGAGUUGUCUGUGUUUUUUCUUGAGGGCAGAGGAAGUUAGGAAAAUGUGGUUAUACUUCAUAUCCUGCUUAGCUUUUUUCAAUUUACAUAACAAACAAAGCAAAGGGAAAAGGAUAUUAUAAUACUACUGAAAAACAAAGACCAAGUCUUUUAUGUUCAGAGGAAACAGAGGCAACUAUAAAACAAAUUGGAGCUUUAUACAUGUUCAACAUGCCUGGAGAGUAGGGGAAUGAAAAUGUGCUAUGUUGUAUGUUUUUAUAACUAAAGAGCAUGAACUUCCAGGUCGGUCUGUGAUCACUUCAUUCAUAUGUGUUCUAGCCGAUUUUUCUAUGUCACAGGUCAUGAUAGUAGUGAUGCCAGGAGUAAGGUUACCUGGUUGGUUUUUUUUAUUAUCAUUUUGAGGUGGUGGUUUCAAGUAGCUUCUCAGUCAUACUGAAAUUUGCUGUGAUGAAUAUGUUUGUAAACUUUAAGAUAAAAUGACUCAGCAUUUUGAAAAUUACUUCUAGAGAAAGUAAAUAGUUUCUUUUAAGAGAAGGAAAAUGCUUGUUUGCCUUAUUUAAGAGCAUAUCAGGACCUGAGUCCUGGAAAUCAGCAUUGCAGAAGAGAGAGAGGGAAGAGAGUGUAAGCAUUCACACGAAGCAUAUGGCUGUUCCUUGAGAAACUUCAGUUAAUCACAAGCUCUUGAAAAGCUGGUUCAUGUAUGUUACUUGGCAAAUAUUUGUUAACUAAAUUAUCUGAAUAUUCCAUGGAACACAAGUAUCUUACUGUCUGUUGCUCCUUGGAUGUCACCUGACUGUGCAGUCAUCAUCUGGACCAAGUAGUUAAGCAUGAUGCAUCCCUCAGCAGUAGGUGAUGGGUUUCUGUUGUCUACUUUGUACAUCAGUGGGAUCACUCUACUGGAACAAGAUAAUGUCAUUUUCAACCCACUGAAGGAAAGGGGAUAUUUGUUCAUACUUAUGAUGAUUUGACAUAAUUAACGUAUUAUUAACCAUGAUGGCAACACAGACAUUAAGUAUAGACAACUAUCAAGAUGGACAACAGAUGCAAGUAGUAACAGAAUUAAAAACUGAACAAGAUACUGAUGCAGAAGGGGUGAGUCCUGCCCCGGUAGAAUCUCAGACUCCAAUGGAUGCAGACAAGCAGGCCAUUUACAGGCACCCACUAUUUCCCCUGUUAGCACUAUUAUUUGAAAAAUGUGAACAAUCUACACAAGGCUCAGAAGGCACAACUUCUGCUAGUUUUGAUGUAGAUAUUGAAAAUUUUGUAAGGAAGCAGGAGAAAGAAGGAAAACCUUUUUUCUGUGAAGAUCCGGAAACUGAUAAUUUGAUGGUAAAAGCAAUCCAGGUUCUACGUAUCCAUCUGCUUGAGCUAGAAAAGGUUAAUGAACUCUGCAAGGAUUUCUGUAGUCGUUACAUUGCCUGCCUGAAGACAAAAAUGAACAGUGAAACUCUAUUAAGUGGAGAGCCUGGAAGUCCUUAUUCACCUGUGCAGUCUCAGCAAAUUCCAAGUGCCAUUGCAGGCACGCUCAGUCCCCAAGGGAUUAUGGUGCCAGCAUCAGCGUUGCAGCAGGGAAAUGUAACUAUGGCAACAGUAGCAGGAGGGACAGUGUAUCAGCCAGUCACUGUGGUCACUCCACAAGGUCAAGUGGUGACACAAGCACUGUCACCUGGGACUAUUCGGAUCCAGAACUCUCAGCUUCAGUUGCAAUUAAACCAAGAUCUAGGCAUCUUGCAUCAAGAUGAUGGCUCAUCAAAAAAUAAAAGAGGAGUUCUUCCCAAGCACGCCACAAAUGUGAUGAGAUCUUGGCUUUUUCAGCACAUAGGGCAUCCAUAUCCAACAGAGGAUGAGAAGAAACAGAUUGCAGCACAAACAAAUCUGACACUACUCCAGGUUAACAACUGGUUUAUCAAUGCUAGAAGGCGAAUUCUUCAGCCAAUGCUGGAUUCCAGUUGUUCCGAAACUCCAAAAACAAAGAAGAAAACGGCUCAGAACCGACCAGUUCAGAGGUUCUGGCCUGACUCCAUUGCCUCAGGAGUUGCUCAGCAGCAAUCUAAUGAGCUUACAAUGUCAGAUGGUGCUGUUGUAACAAUUACAGCUCCAGUCAACAUGAAUGUAGACAGUCUUCAGUCUUUGUCAUCCGAUGGUGCUACUUUGGCUGUUCAGCAGGUUAUGAUGGCAGGGCAAAGUGAGGAUGAGUCUGUAGACAGCGGUGAAGAUGAUGGAGGAGAUCUCUCAACAACAAACAUCAGUGGGCUGGUCUUGGAUAACAGCGAUUCUCUGCAGUAGGAAGCAAGAGAGUGUGACAAAAUGUUUAGGAGAAAGAAUAAACUGACUGACUGACUUUUUAUAGUUUGCACAGCAAACAUUUUACACAAGUUUUAUUUCUAAUAUGUUUUAUAUGUAGAUAUAGAAGGGUGCACUUUUUUGUAUUUCAUAGUAAGCUUAAAGAGUGUUUUUGCAGGUGCAGCAACUUCUUUCAAAUGUUUUUUUUCUCUUCAUUUCUUUUUCUUAUUUCGUAAAAUUAUAUCUAGUAAUAUAAAGAACCACAUAAGCAACCCUUUGUUCUAUGAAUUAAAAGUGCUGUCAUUUCUAAAGAAUUAUGCAGUUUCAGUUAGUGCUGUUUUUUAACACAGCUUUUGAUGGGCAGAUGAUGUAAAUUUAAAGCAUGUGACACUAGUGUGUGGAACUUGAUCAUUAAGUUAGAUGCAUAUAUUUGAAAGAUGCUUCUGCACCUUAAAAACGGCUAGUCUGAGGUGGACAGCAACACACAUAAAAAGAAAAUGUUGAUGUGUGAUUCGGUAGCGAAUGUAUGGCAAUUUAAAUAAGUUUAGUUUCUCUCAUAAUCCGUGAGCCUGUUUAUCAUUUGCUAUGAAAACUCCUAUUUUUACCUUGCCGGGGUUAUUGGAUAAAAAAAAUAUUUUUAUAAAUUCACUAGGAAUUGGGAUGACGACUGUAUUAAGCAGGAGGUAAAAAAAAAAUUUCCAGAGGGGAAAAAUAAAUGUUUAGUAUUCCUAUUUGGAAGGUCUGAAAACUGACCCAAUUUAAUAAAUGAGCCUAUGCUAGCAUUCUAUGAUUGUCAGCUAUCCCACAGUGAUAUACUAUAUUUGAUAAUAGCGUAAGAAGGCCCCAGUGUUUGGUGGGAUUUUGAUAUUGUCGAACAUUGGUUUAUAUUAUGUGUAAACUAAUACUCAGAUUGCAUUAACUCUGUAUCUAGACUUGUAUCUGCAGAUACUUGCUAAAUGAGUAUUCAGGUAAGUAAAUUCAAAUACCCACAACUUUUCCAGUUUUAGAGCAAUUUAACAGUUUAUAGUUUGUACAUCUGAAUCUGAAAAAUGAAAAGGUGCCUACUAUACAGUCAUGAAUUCUACAAUCACUCUGCUAUUUUAUUGCAUUUGAAAUAUUUUCCCCUAAUACAAAAAGAAAUAUAACUUAAGGAUUUAUAUAAAAUUUCUUCAGAUAUGAAGGUUCCUACCAGAAUAUACAGCAGGCUUUUUUAGAGUAGAAAAUCCUCGUGUGUCAUUUAAAAACUAAGAACUAGUGAUAAUUUUUUUGUUUUGUUUUGUGGUAACAGUUCAUUUCUUCUUUCCCAAAGUUUGGAAUCUGUCUAUCCAUGAACACUUUUGAAGCUUUGUAUUUCCUGUUGUUAAGUACAAAUAUCAGACUCCAAGAGUCUCAUGGUAUGAUCAAUGUCCUCUUUUCCCCCUGUCCAUUCAUCACAGUGUUGGAUUAGAUCAAAGCCAGAACUUUCUUCUGAUUUAGACCGAAGCUAGUUGCGUUUCUCACAUGACAGGGAAAAAGAUGAUAACUUUUAGACUCUUUAGACAUUGUAUUUGAACAAAGUCCUUUGGCAGAUGCAAAUAUUUAAUUGUGUACUUAAUUUCUGCUUCACAAAACACUCAGGCAUGUGCUUAGGUCCCAUUGAUUUCAGUAGGAUUAAUGCAUGUACUCUUAAACAUGCUUAAAUGGUUGGAAGCUGGUCUUUAAAGAUUGUCUUCCAAGAGUUAGUAUGAAGAAAAACUUAAGAAAGAAAUGUCAGUAGCAUUUGCAUACCUACAUGGAGAACAGUAAUAGUUUUCAGUGGCUAGUAGCUAUUUUGAACAAUUUGUGUUGGGUAUUAUUCAUCACAAGUGAUGUUUCUGGUAUGGUUUUCACUGAUUCCUGGCUGAGAAUCUUGCUGCUUAGUUCAAAUGCUGUAUGAUCUCCUCCAGCUGGAGUGGUAAUUUCUAAACAAUUUGUUUACUUCACACUUUUCUGCUUUGUUACUAAUGUGACAUGUUUGUUAAAGAAUAUAGCAAAUGAAUGAUGAAAACUGUAAUUAGGAAGGCUUUGACAUAGCAUAACUAUCUCAAAGGCUAUCGCCAAAUCCAGUUUGACGUCAAAACAUUUAAAAAGACAGAUACUAUGUACAAAUCAUGCUCCUUUGGAAACAUUCAACCUGCUGCUCCUACAAAGGAUACCUGAAAUGACUAGAGCUGAGAGGCGGAUUCUGUAUUUUUAGUUGUUUUUGAUUCAACUCUGAGUGCUUCAUCACCCCCACAGUUUUCAUUACAAAGUAGGGUAUAUUUGUUGGUUGGUUUGGGGUUUUUACUCAGCUACCCUUCUUGAUGUUUAAUAUUGCAUUAAUCCUUGUACCCCCAGCACACAGGCAGAUGUACAGUCCGCUUCUCGGUGUGUACAGGCCUAUGGACAAAAAUACGCUUUUCUAAACCAGCCUUUGGUGGAAGAACAGGCUAUUUCUCACUGUCUCCAUUCUCUCCCUGACCAGUGCUGCUGCCUCAGAUCUACAUGCAGAGCUUUGAGGAAGUCUGGGAAGCAGCUCAGCUGGCAGAUCUGUUGUGGUAGCAAGUGGCCAGCAGAGAAGGGAAGGGUAAACCAAAAUGGACAAAACUUCUGUGGUUUGGAGAUAAUGUGGCAAUGGAUGUUUGCCUGCAUUCAAAACUGUGAGAACUGAGAUUUGAAAAAGAAAGGAUGUUAGAACAAUUUAAUAUCUGUACAGAUGCUGAAUUAGGGUUCAGGAGCACGUAGUUUAUGUGCCACUUGGAAUUCAAUUGGAAACAACCAGGUAUCAGGGUUUGCAAACUUCUGAAAGUCUGUCUUUCAGAAAGAAACUGUUAAUAGCUUUUUUUUAUCCCCCCCCACCCCCGCCCCUUACACGCAGCAGACUUUCUAUGCUUCUGGAACACUUGCAAACUUGUCUUCAGUUAAUUUCUCAAUACCUGGAAAGUGAAGUUGACAGAAUUUACUGUGAAAGGGGAAAUAUGGAAUAGUUUUAUUGUCAAAUUAGAGACAUAAAAAUAUAUGGAUGUGAAUUCCUAAAACUGAAAAGGCUUUACCGAUGUAAUCACAGGUAUUGCUUUAACGUAUGGAACUCAAACCUUGUCUUUUAGUUCAGUCAGAAUUUGGUGGUGGAUGUGAACCCCACACAACUACUUGUUCUUUUCACAAUUAAAAUAAAACGUGUCCUUCAUUUCUUGAUGUGCAAAAAAUAUUGGUGGUUUAAGCAAAGCAUCACUAUUCAGGAAAGGUACAUGUUUACAUUAGUUAAAAAGUCUUUAUGGGGGGCCUAACUUUAAACCCAUGUAUAAUUCCUCCCCGCCUCCAAUUAAAGUCAUAUUCAUAUGCAAUAGAACUGAUUUGUUUUUAAAAUAAAUUUAAUAAUUCUGCAA